AUGAUCCGAUUUAUUUUAAUUCAAAACCGAGCGGGUAAGACACGUCUAGCAAAAUGGUAUAUGAAUUUUGACGAUGAUGAGAAACAGAAAUUAAUAGAAGAAGUACACGCUGUUGUUACUGUGCGCGAUGCAAAGCACACGAAUUUUGUUGAGUUUCGAAACUUCAAAAUAGUGUACAGGCGAUAUGCAGGCUUAUAUUUCUGCAUUUGUGUGGAUGUGAAUGACAACAACUUGUGUUACCUUGAAGCUAUCCAUAACUUUGUUGAGGUGUUGAACGAAUACUUCCAUAAUGUAUGUGAAUUGGAUCUUGUAUUCAACUUUUAUAAGGUAUACACAGUGGUUGAUGAAAUGUUCCUAGCAGGAGAGAUCAGAGAAACCUCCCAAACGAAAGUACUGAAGCAGCUUCUCAUGCUAAAUUCUUUAGAAUAA